AUGCAAUGUGUGGUUAUGGGGCGUGCGUGGCUCGCAAGAAUGACGGCACCGCUGUUGCAUGGGGGCAGAGUUCUUACGGAGGUGACGCUUCAAGCGUGGAUCUCACGAACGUCGCAGAUGCAAUGUGUGGCUAUGCGUGCGUGGCUCGCAAAUGCAAUGUGUGGCUAUCGGGUGUGCGUGGCUCGCAAGAAUGACGGCACCGCUGUUGCAUGGGGAAGCAGUCUUUACGGAGGUGACGCUUCAAGCAAUGACGGCACCGCUGUUGCAUGGGGAUCCAGUUCUCACGGAGGUGACGCUUCAAGCGUCGAUCUCACGAAUCUAGCAGAUGUGGAGGCGACGCCAUCUUCUGCAUCAGCCACUGGCGACCCGCACUUGCAGAACAUCUACGGCGAAAGGUUCGACCUGAUGAAGGCGGGCAACGUCUCGCUCAUCCACGUUCCUCGCGGAGUUCCCGUGAAGGACAGCCUUCUCAUCGUCGAGGCAGACGCUCGCCGUCUAGGCGACUCUUGCGCUGACCUGUACUUCCAGACGCUCAGCAUCACGGGCAAGUGGGCGAGCUCGGACCUUCAUUUCAAUGCCCAGGAGCCGCCCGAGAGGAAGGCUACGUGGUUGCAGCUCGGUCCGGUGGAGCUUAAGGUUGUUCAUGGACGUACGGAGCAGGGCCAUCUCUACUUGAACUUCUUCGUCAAACACCUUGGACGCGCAGGCGCGGCUGUCGGUGGACUGCUCGGAGCAGAUGAUCACGCUGAGGCAGCAACUGCAAGAGCAGAUUGCCACCACACCGUGGCACUUGCCAAGCAAGCGACGCGGUCUUCAGAUGCUUCAGUGGCCUCGGUUGCGGUCGCCUCUCUUUGA